CGCUUCGUCUCUCCCUCUCCCAAGUUAAUACCAAAUUAUGCCACGAAUACCGUCCGUCUCACCCGCGACCGGCCAGCCCGUCCCGCCUCACUACAUCCACACCACCGACGGCCAAUUCGUCGACUCCUCCGGCCGCACCCUCCUCCUCCGCGGCGUCAACCUCUCCGGGUCCUCCAAAGCCCCCGUCGGCGAGCCCUCGUACGUCCUCGACGGAUUCUGGGAGGACGCAGAGGGGAAGGGGAAGAGUUUUGUGGGAAGGCCGCUUAAUCUGGAGGAUGGCACUGCGGACGUGCAUCUGGCAAGGCUGAGGGGGUGGGGGUUCAAUGUGUUGAGGUAUCCGGUGUUGUGGGAGGCGUUGGAGCAUGAAGGACCUGGGAAGUAUGAUUAUGAGUUUAUGGAUUAUACCGUUCGCGUUCUUCGGAAAUGCAAGCAGUAUGGCUUCAAGAUAUUCAUGGACCCACACCAGGACGUGUGGUCCCGCUUCUCAGGCGGCUCCGGAGCGCCAUACUGGACCCUCCUCGCCUGCGGUAUCAACCCGCGCAACUUCACCGCCACCCAAGCCGCCAUCAUCCACUCCGAAUACCCCUCCGCGCAAUCCCCCGACCCGGCCUCGGUGCCCGCCAUGAUCUGGUCCACGAACUACGGCCGCCUCGCGAACCAAACCCUCUUCACGCUCUUCUACGCCGGGCGCGAUUUCGCUCCGAAAUGUAUUAUUGAUGGUGUUAAUAUCCAGGAUUACCUCCAAUCGCACUAUAUCGCCGCGUUCGGGCAAUUGGCGGAACGGAUUAGAGAGGCGGGCGAUCUGAUGGACGAGUGUGUGAUCGGGUGGGAUACACUCAACGAGCCGUCUGAAGGAUUGGUUGGAUAUGCGGAUUUGAACGCGUACCCGCAGCACCAGACCUCACAGCUCAAGAAAGGACCGACGCCGACGCCGGCGCAGAGUUUGAGGCUCGGGAUGGGGAAGGCGCAGGAGGUGGAUCAUUGGACGUUUGGGACGUUCGGGCCGAGUAAGGAUGGGACGGUGACGAUUGAUCCGAAGGGACGGACGAUUUGGAGUGCGCCGGAGACGGAGGAGGGGGGUGUGCAUCCGAGGUAUGGAUGGAGGAGGGAUGGGGGGUGGACGUUGGGGGUGUGCGUGUGGGCGUUGCAUGGGAUAUGGGACGUCGAGACGGGGUAUGUGAUGUUGCCGGAGUAUUUCAGGUCGGUGCCGUGUCUUGAGGGCGAUGAACCGAGGGAAGUCGAAUUCAUCGCGGAUUAUUGGAGGCCGCAUUGGUCCGCGUACGCAAAAAUGGUCAAAUCCAUCCAACCCGAAGCCAUCCACUUCGUCGCGCCGCCCGUAUUCGCGCAGCCGCCCCCCUUGGACGAACUCGAGCUCGCCGGCCGCUGCGCCUACUCCACACACUACUACGACGGCCUCACGCUCAUUACCCGGCACUGGAACUGGUUCAACGCCGAUGCUUUGGGCGUCCUCAGGGGUAAAUACACUUCCGUCCUGCAAUCGCUCAAAAUCGGGGAACGCGCCAUUCGGAAAUCACUCCAAGAACAGCUCGGGAUCCUAAAAUCCGAUGCUCUCAUCCUCGGUGCCUACCCCACCAUGAUCGGCGAAAUCGGCAUCCCGUACGAUAUGGACGGCAAGCGUGCAUACGGGUAUACGGAUAAUGGGCGGUAUAAGGGCGAUUAUGGGAGACAGGAAAGGGCGCUGGACGCGAGUCUGAAUGCGGCGGAUGGGGCGAAUGCGUUGAGUUAUGCGGUGUGGACUUAUUGUGCGGAUGGUGGGCAUAAGUGGGGAGAUGGGUGGAAUAUGGAGGAUUUGAGUUUAUGGAGUCCAGACGACCUGAGACCACGGAGGACGAUGAUGGGCAAUGGGACUGGAAACGGGGAGGGCGAAGGGGAGGGUCAGGAUCCAAGUGGGAGUAGACUCCAGUUCGGGAAUAUGGACGAUAAAUCAUCGACAUUGCUCUUGAAGCAUAACAACAACAACGUCAACAAUCACAAGCUAGGCCCACAGCGCCGCUCGUUCUUAGCAGCAGCAGCAGGCAUGCACGCGCCCCCCACCGCCCUCGGUUCCGCGCUCUCCCUCUCCUCGCUCCCUGUGACCGACGAAAACGAAAACGCCAACGGAAACGGACACCAAAGAGCCGAAUCGGAGGACGAGACAUUGAUGAACGCGGAUCGGUGGGACAACUCGCUCGAGUCGUUCGAUUUCCUGACGGACGGCGCGAGGGCGUAUAAAGCGUUCUCGAGGCCGUAUCCUAUGGCUGCGGUCGGUAUACCUAUCGACAUGGCCUUCGAUGUGGGCAAGGCGGAGUUUAGGAUGACGAUUAGGGUGAGGCCGGAGGAUAGACCGGUUUGCGUUGGUGUUGGUGGGGAUGAGGGUGAGGGGAAGGUGGAGGUGCCGCCGACGGAGAUUUUUUUGCCGGUUGUGCAUUAUGCGAGUGAUGCGGCUGUGGGGACUUUACUCGCUCAGUCGAUAUAUGCGGAGGACCCUUCUGCACCGUCAUCACCUUCGUCGCCUCCAUCCUCAUCCUCGUCAUCGCAACACUCGUCUGAAGAGACUGUUCAGGCCGAGUGUCCAAGUACCGAAACACCGACACCGACUCCAUACCCGCCCCACGCCGCUCCCGCAUCGCAGAAGUUAGAGAUGGCCGGUAGCAGUACCACUCUAGCGGUGGAAGUCGAAGUCUCAGAAGGAAGGUACGAGAUCGAGGGAGGCGUGUUGAGGUGGUGGUAUGAUGUUUCAGAAACAGAAGCGAAGGAGGUGAAGGUCGUGGUGAGGAGGAGAGGGGGGAGGAUAUGGACGAAGGAGGAGAGGGAGAGGGAAGGUGGGGCUGGUGGGGGUGGGUGGGAGUUCUGGAGGGAGAGAUGUGGGAGGGGUGGUGGGUGUACGAUUAUGUAGGUGGUGGAAGGAUUGUGGGCGGAGGGAUCUUGGAUGGAUUCGGACUUGUUGUUUUCUUUUUCUUUCUUUCUUCUUUCUUGUGCAUUCUCUUAUUUUGUACUUUACUCCCAUCUCUGUUUCCUUCUUCACGUCAUUGUGGACAAUUGUACAUUUACCCGCCACUUUAUAUCUUACCCUCACAUAUCAUAUCAUAUCGUAUCAUACAAUAUCCCUCUCCUCCGCGCCGUCCCAAAAAUCUACCAUACUUA